AUGUACGAAAUUUUUAGUUGGUUCUCAGUUUUGGGUGAAUAUCUCGGUUUUCGUUAUUAUUGUCUCCGUAAAAAUGAUGAUGAUUCAAAGUAUUGGAAAUGUGUUAAAAAAUCUUGUCGUGUUGGCUUAACAAUAAAACCAGAUGGUACAAUUAAGAAACGUGCUGAUCAUGACCACUUGCCAAAUGAAGCU